ACUGCGCCCCGUCGCAAGAACCUUGAAGGGGCAAGAGGCUGUGUAAGAGCGAGGGAAUUUCUCUGUGGACGAUGCACAAAGCAGCAUUGGCUCUGAAGCAACCAGCAUCAAUACCUAUACACAAUGGCUGACAAUCCACACCCUGCGGCCCCUGGCGGCUUCUUUCCGUCACAGUCUCUCCCUUCACCUGCGCCUAGCAGUGCCUCGGCGCGCUCAAAUGCGGCUUUGCCGCAUCCCCGUGCCAGAUCCCUCCGACCCGGGUCCAACAAGGAAGAGACGGUACGUCGCUACGUUGAGGAACGUCUCGCCAUCGUCAAUCGUCGUUAUGUCAAGAAGCAUGGCAAUGCCGAGCCCGGCGACGAAGUCAUAGGCUACAAGAGCUUUACCGAGCUUUGCAAGGACAUACAUAACGUCAUUGACGUUUUAUGGUUGUCCGGAACACCGAGCAUACAGAUUCCCUUCUUCUUAAAUAUUGCCAGCGACUUCACGCAAUGGAUUGACGCCUUCACUCCUGCCCCGAAAGCUACCUUCUCCGUCUUGAAGAAGCUGGACCAUUGCUUUGCGAGCCUUUUGACCGGACGUGAUAUCGAGACUAAAGAAACUUUGCCCGGCUUCGAGAACGGCAUGAGAGCUGGUAUGUCUACGACGGAUAUGGUGCGAUGCCGCAGCUCGGUGGAACAGACACGACUAGUUAUUGUGGAGGUCCUUACCAAGGAGCCUGACGGAGACGACGAUAUGGAAGACGACGAGACAGAUGCGAAUAGCGACACUGAACUCGAGGACGCAAUGGAUACGACGUGGGACGAAGACGAGGACAGUCUUUACAUGGACGCAGCGCGAGUCUAUGAGCACACUAUUGUGCGGCUGGGUGAGAAGCUGGGAGAUGUAUUUGGACCUGCGGUUCCCGGCGCGAGCAAUGAUACCAUCUGCUCUGCGGGUUGAUUACGGCCUAUUUGGUCCCGAAGGUCAUAACGCGGGCCUCGACUUACAUGUCUACCCAGCUAGAGCGAGCAGACCACAGUGUGAGCCUAAACUCCCUACCUAGAAACUGGAGAUGGCACGCUGCUCGACAUUGGCCA